AUGACUACAAAAACCAGGGAGGUCAUUGCUCGCAAAUUGGUUAUUGUUGGAGACGGCGCCUGUGGCAAAACUUCGUUAUUGUCCGUUUUCACAUUAGGUUAUUUCCCGACGGACUAUAUCCCAACUAUAUUCGAAAAUCGAGUAGCGGAUCUAAAAAUUGAUGGAAAACCUGUACAAUUAGCGUUAUGGGACACAGCCGGGCAAGAAGAAUAUGAGCGAUUGAGACCUCUCUCAUAUUCAAAAGCUCAUGUCAUCCUGAUUGCAUUUUCAAUUAGCUCACCGGACUCGUACGAGAAUGUUGCUGCAAAAUGGAUUGAAGAAGUGGCUUCUCUUUGCCCGAACGUACCUAUCAUUUUAGUUGGACUAAAGAAAGAUCUAAGAGAUGAUGAAGAAGCAAUUGCAGAAAUGAAGAGCAAAGGUAUAUCAUUUGUGGACACAAAACAGGGUGAAACAAUGUCUCAACAGAUAGGUGCUGAGAAAUAUAUUGAAUGUUCUUCAUUAACUGGUGAAAAUGUGGAUGAUGUUUUUGAGGCCGCGUCUCGGGCGGCACUUUUGACGCGUGAAAGAAACAAAGACGGAUGCUGUGUCGUUCUGUAA